ACCCCAACCCCUUCUACAAAACAACAACUUCUUUCCUUCCUGGGCAUGGCUGGAUACUUUCACCUUUGGAUACCUGGUUUUGCCAUCCUAACAAAACCAUUAUAUAAACUCAUAAAAGGAAACUUAGCUAACCCCAUAGAUCCUAAAUCCUUUCCCCACUCCUCUUUCCAUUCCUUGAAGACAGCUUUAGAGACUGCCCCCACUCUAGCUCUCCCUGAUUCAUCCCAACCCCUUUCAUUACACACAGCUGAAGUGCGGGGCUGUGGAGUCAGAAUUCUUACACAAGGACCAGGAUCGCAACCUGUAGCCUUUUUGUCCAAACAACUUGACCUUACUGUUUUAGGCUGGCCAUCAUGUCUCCAUGCAGUGGCUGCUGCUGCCCUAAUAAUUUUAGAGGCCCUCAAAAUCACAAACUAUGCUCAACUCACUCUCUACUGCUCUCAUAAUUUCCAAAAUCUAUUUUCUCCCUCACACCUGACACAUAUACUUUCUGCUCCCUGGCUCCUUCAGCUAUACUCACUCUUUGUUGAGUCUCUCACAAUUACCAUUGUUCCUGGCCUGGACUUCAAUCCAGCCUCCCACAUUAUUCCGGAUACCACACCUGAUCCUCAUGCCUGCAUCUCUCUGAUCCACCUGAUGUUCACCCCAUUUCCCCACAUUUCCUUCUUCCCUGUUUCUCAACCUGAUCACACUUGGUUUAUUGAUGGCAGUUCCACCAGGCCUAAUCACCACUCACCAGCAAAGGCAGGCUAUGCUUUAGUAUCUUCCAUGUCUAUCAUUGAGGCUACUGCUCUGCCCCUCUCCACUACCUCUCAGCAAGCUGAACUAGCUGCCUUAACUCAAGCCCUCACUCUUGCAAAAGGACUACACGUCAAUAUCUAUACUGAUUCUAAAUAUGCCUUUCAUAUUCUGCACCACCAUGCCAUCAUAUGGGCUGAAAGAGUUUUCCUCACUACACAAGUGUCCUCCAUCAUUAAUGCCUCUUUAAUAAAAACUCUGCUCAAGACCACUUUGCUUCCAAAGGAAGCUGGGGUCAUUCACUGCAAGGGGCAUCAAACGGUGUCAGAUCCCAUUGCUCUAGGCAAUGCUUAUGCUGAUAAGGUGGCUAGACAAGCAGCUAGCUCUCCAACUUCUGUCCCUCAUUGCCAGUUUUUCUCCUUCACAUCAGUCACUACCACAUACUCCCCUGCUGAAACUUCCACCUAUCAAUCUCUUCCCACACAAGGCAAAUGGUUCUUAGACCAAGGAAAAUAUCACCUUCCAGCCUCACAGGCCCAUUCUAUUCUGUUGUCAUUUCAUAACCUAUUCCAUGUAGGUUACAAGCUGCUAGCCCGUCUCUUAGAACCUCUCAUUUCCUUUCCAUCACGGAAAUCUAUCCUCAAGAUCACUUCUCAGUGUUCCAUCUGCUAUUCUACUACCCCUCAGGGAUUAUUCAGGACUCCUCCCUUUCCUACACAUCAAGCUUGGGGAUUUGCCCCUGCCCAGGACUGGCAAAUUGACUCUACUCAUAUGCCUCAAGUCAGAAAACUAAAAUAUCUCUUAGUCUGGGUAGACACUUUCACUGGAUGGGUAGAGGCCUUUCCCGCAGGGUCUGAGAAGUCCACCAUGGUCAUUUCUUCCCUUCUGUCAGACAUAAUUUCUCAGUUUCACCUUCCCACCUCUAUACAGUCUAAUAAUGGACCAGCCUUUACUAGUCAAAUCACCCAAGCAGUUUCUCCGGCUCUUGGUAUUCAGUGGAACCUUCAUAUCCCUUACCAUCCUCAACCUUCAGGAAAAGUAGAACAGACUAAUGAUCUUUUAAAGACACACCUCACCAAGCUCAGCCUCCAACUUAAAAAGGAUUGGACAGUACUUUUACCUCUUGCCCUUCUCAGAAUUAGAGCCUGUCCUCGAGAUGUUACAGGGCACAGUCCAUUUGAACUUUUAUAUGGACGCACUUUCUUGCUUGGCCCCAACCUCAUCCCAGACACCAGCCCUCUAGGCGACUAUCUUCCUGUCCUCCAACAGGCUAGACAGGAAAUUCACCAGGCUGCUAAUCUUCUCUUGCCUACUCCACAUCCCCAGCCAUAUGAAGACACCCUAGCUAGACAAUCAGUUCUUGUUAAGAAUCUGACCCCUCAAACUCUACAACCUCGAUGGACCAGACCCUACUUAGUCAUCUAUAGUAUCCCGAUUGCCAUCCACCUGCAGGAUCCUCCCCACUGGGUUCACCAUUUCAGAAUAAAGCUGUGUCCAUCAGACAGCCAGCCUAAUCCCUCCUCUUCCUCCUGGAAGUUGCAAGUACUCUCCCCUACUUCCCUUAAACACACUCGUAUUUCUGAAGAACAGUAA